AUAUCACCAUAUUGUUCUGUUUGACAUUUGCCAUGUUUCAUUUGUGGAAGUGAUAAACGUCAAGUCUCAGAAAAGUAAAUAAUCAUUUUGUAUUUAAUUAACAUGAAUCGGAGUGAAGGUCUGGUGCAAAGAAGAAACAUAAUUCGUGAUGCAGGUGAUGGUGUUAAUAAAGAAUCACAAAAUAAUGAAAAAAAACAAGAUCACGACGAAGACAUCGACGAAGGCGAUUCCAAAGAAACAAGAUUAACAUUAAUGGAAGAAGUAUUACUAUUAGGAUUAAAAGAUAAAGAAGGGUAUACCUCUUUUUGGAACGAUUGUAUUUCAAGUGGACUACGAGGGUGUAUUCUUAUUGAACUGGGACUCAGGGGCCGUGUCGAAUUAGAAAAAGCCGGAAUGCGACGAAAAGCGCUAUUAACUAGAAAACUUAUUCUUAAGAAUGAUACUCCCACUGGAGAUGUGCUGCUGGAUGAAGCUUUAAAACAUCUGAAGGAGACUGAUCCACCUGAAACAGUGCAAAGCUGGAUUGAAUAUCUCAGUGGUGAAACUUGGAACCCUUUGAAACUACGAUACCAGUUGAAAAACGUGAGAGAGCGUUUAGCCAAAAACUUGGUUGAAAAGGGCGUUCUAACUACUGAAAAACAAAAUUUUCUGCUUUUUGAUAUGACAACUCAUCCUCUCACUGACAAUGUCACUAAAAGUCGACUAAUAAAAAAGAUUCAAGAUGCAGUACUUACGAAGUGGGUAAAUGACCCACAACGUAUAGACAAACGUAUGCUAGCCCUCAUUUUUCUUGCCCACGCGAGCGAUGUUCUAGAGAACGCUUUUGCCCCAUUAAAUGACGACGAUUACGAAUUGGCAAUAAAAAGAGUUAGAGAAUUGCUAGAUCUAGAUUUUGAACAAGAGUCAGUAAAACCAAACACCUCGGAAGUUUUGUGGGCUGUUUUUGCAGCUUUUACAAAAUAGAAAUCUGUUUUUGCUACUAACGUUUAAUCAUAAAUAAAUUACGUUGAAUUAUUGAAAUUUAUCAGUGAUGUUAGUUUGUACAAUGAAGUUUUGUAUGAAAUAGUUCACUAACGUGAAAUUUAAUUGUUUGUUCCAUGAUGUUAGAUAUAGAAUUUUAAUAUUUAAUUGGAACAUUUCAGUAUGAAACAGGGUGUUCAGCACUUUCUCUUUCUUUUUUAUUUUGGCGUUUAGGUGACGUCUGGACAUCUCUAAAGUACUAGCAAGUUUUAUUUGUAUAUAUCUCGAUAAGUGUAUUAUUCAUGUAUAUCAAAUGAUACAUAAUUAUAGCGAUUAUUUUAUAAUUAAUCUUAUUAAAGUUAGUCUUCAUUUAAAUUAAAUAUUCCCAAUUUGUUUAUAUAAUAAAGUUAUAUCGAUAUUUAUAAAAA